AAUAAGCAAACAAAUAAAUUUUGUUUAAAAAAAAUCAUUGAUUAGAAAAUUUUAAUAACAAAAUAAAAUCCAAUUAUUUUAAGGAAUUUUAUGAAUUAAAGAUAAUUAAUAAAAAACUUUAGUGCAAAAGUAAAAUGGUGGCAGCAAAUCAAACUGUUCAAAAAUUAUUUUUACUAUUGCCACUGGCAUAUCCUCCAGUGGGCAGAGCUCCCGAUAGUGCUAUUGACUGGUCAUAUGAAAACCCCCAAAGUUGGGGCAUUAACUCACCACAGUGCAAUGGCAACCGGCAGUCUCCCAUACACAUUAGAAGCACGACGAGUUAUAUUCUGCCCAUUGCUCCCAUAAGAUUCGGCAAUUAUGACGUUCCGCUGUCUACAAAUUUAAAUCUAACAAAUAAUGGUCAUUCAGUGGAGUACACAGUGCCUUUAACAACAAAUGGUCAACGUCCCUAUAUCACGGGUGGCCUCUUGAGGAAUCGAUAUGAAGCCAUGGCAGUGCAUUUCCAUUGGGGUUCGGCAACAACUAAGGGAUCGGAACAUGUUAUUGACAAUCGUCGUUUUGAUGUGGAAAUGCAUAUUGUUCACAAAAAUGUUCAAUAUGCCACCAUGGAACAAGCAGCCCGCAAUAGAGAUGGUUUAGCUGUUUUAGGAGUUAUGUUUAAAAUAGUCAAUGUACCUGAUCGUCUUUACCCCGGCUUAAAUAGAAUCUUUAAUCAACUGCCUGUCAUUGUCAACUAUCAAUCCUCUGUUAGCGUAACUGGUCGCUUGUCUUUGGGUCAAAUGUUGGGUGAUUUGAAUACAAAACAAUUCUUUACCUAUAGUGGUUCUUUAACUACACCCAAUUGCGCUGAAUCAGUUACUUGGCAUGUGUUUCCUGGUGCCCUGCCCAUAGCUCGUGAACAAAUACAAAAAUUCUGGUCUCUGUUAGAUGUCAACGGUAAUGUUUUGAAUAACAACUUUCGACCACUACAGAAUCGUAAUAGACGUCCUGUGUUCUAUCGUAUUGCUGGCAGAACAAGUGGUUAAUUUAAGAGAAAUUAAUUUUAAAUCAUUCAUUUUAUUAGUUAAUAAGCUUAAAUCAUAAUUAUUUUCAUAUUUAUAUGUAUCAUGUUGAUCAUGAUUUAAAAAAUUAUUUAUGUAUU